AUGGCAACAUCGGAAAACAUUACUUUAGCUAAUCUUCCGGUAACAUCAAUUGCUUCUUCAAGCAGCACUAGUGUAUCGUCCACCAUUGGUCUUCUUUCCUCCACCGCUACUCCAGUACCAAUCGUCAAGCCUCUGGAAGCAAUUACUACUAGGUCUGCCACAUUGAAGCCAACAUCAGCAGUGAGAGUGACAAGUCUGGCGCCUCAAAAUGACACAAAGCCUUUUCUGGUAAGCUUUAUUUUACAUGACUUACAAUUAGUUCGACAACGAGAUACCAAAUACUAGGCGACACACAAAGAAACGUCUCUAUAACAACUUACAAGAGCCCAAAAAUUUUUUUUUGUUUUACAAGGGAGGUACCAUAAGUGCGACGCUCAGAUUUUCCUUGGAUUUUGCACACAUGUCGGUCAUGAACUAAUUAUAUUUAUAUCAAUUCCUAAAAGUUUUAGCUCGCGCUUUGCAGGCUCCGCCGAGAUAUUGAACUACCUUUUCCGCCGGAGCGCGGUAAGAGAAAAAACACUUUUUGGCCUUAACUUUACUAGUUUCGUGCGGCAAAAAUUGAUUUUUUGUGGGAACAUUACCCUUUUUGAUAGAAAUGGGCAUGAAACUUUUCGUGCCGAAGUUCGGCAAAAAGUCUCAAAUUUUCGUCGACUUUCGACCUAAAAAUAUCGGUUGUUUCUGCAAAGCGCGAGCUAAGAUUCUCGCAUAUAUCUUUAAAAAAAUUAUUUUAAAUUUGUGUCAAGUGUCAUCAAAAUCAGAGCGUCCCAUUUGGAGUACUUCCCCUGUUAAUCCGAUUUGUUAAACAGUAGUUUUACUCUCACUUCCAAGAGUUAACAUUAAUUUUACAGGACAUCAAGGACUUGGUCGGUCCCGAAAUCUACCAGAAGCUCUCUCAAGUCUAUGCGAACAAGAACCUCCUUGUUGUGGUAAGCCCUUUUAUUCCUCCCUCCAGUUAACUUGCUCUCUUUUACAGGACAAAUUAAAAGAGCUGGAUGACAUUUUCAUGACCCUAAAUGAAUCAACCCUGGCCAAGCUGCCCACUCCGAAAUCAUUUCGAAAUUUGGACGAGGAGUUUCAAAAGCGAGUCCGGCAGAUCUACUACAACAAGACGAUUGGAUUCGAAAACAAAGUUCAGGCCUUGCAGAAGGUGUUGGAAUCGCUGCCUGCUGACAAGCUGAAGCUGGUCCCAUUGCAGGCCGACUUGCCUGGACUCAUUGACUUUGAUGUUCCGGUUUUGCUGCAGUUCAAUGGGCAGAUUGUGAGUGGGCCAUAUGUAGUAAAAGAGGCCUUAGCUACAGACACCAAAAAACUAAUUGCCGACAACUUUCUAUGUCAUACACCUCACUUUCAGGAGACCUACUUACUCCGCGACUAUCUCAACAACGACGAGUUUGAUGCGUUGCGGAGGAUCGUGGAAAGAAAGAACAUCUCCGAAGUGGCCAGAGCCAAAUUGGUCGGUAGAUUGUUGCGCACCGCCUACGAAAGGGAUGCCGUCAAUUUCCCCACUCCUUUGUCCGAUGAUCUUCCAUAUGUCCCAGAGGCGAUUCGGAAGCUUGGAAUUCAUCUAAUGUUCUCAAAGAAUCCGUUUGACAACAUUGAGAGUUUCACAGCAGUGCUGAAGACAUUGGAAAAGAAGAAUGUGGUAAGUAAGGUGAGGAAAGCUGGCCCUGUCCGAUUUAAAGUCACCCAGGAUGGUCGUUUGGCUCUUGUAGCGCGAUCGCAAUGUCUGUAGAAUAAAGAAGUUGCAGUAUGGGUCUUGAAAACAGCACAGUCCGCAUUUAAAUUUCUAUAGCCCGUCAAGAAGUCAUCGGGGUCUGAAGGGGGCGACCGCACCUUCAUACCUACAAUGGGGGACCUGAUUCAGUGGCAAAAAAACGUACCAUUUUGCACACAGGAAGUGUCAGAAAAUUUUGCAAAAUACCUCCUUCUCCAAGUGAAAAAAUCCGAUUUCAAACGCGCGCCAGCUCUUUUUGAGAGGGCCCUUCAAAACGAAGUUCUUUCACUUGGAAAGGUAGGCAUUUUGCUAUAUUUUUUGCUACUUCCCGGAGGCAAAAUGGUACUUUUUUUGCCACUAUACCUGUAGAAACUCCACGUUACUAUCAUAUAUGUAUAUUUUCAGACCAAGAAACGAAACGCCAUGCUCUCCAACUACAAUCAGUUCAAAGACUGGCUCGCCCUCUCGGCCUUUGUUCGACGUUACAUGGCAUAG